CCUCCACAUAUUGAGUUGGUCUUCCGUUGGGUAAAUUUGGUAUGGCCUGGGCACGUUUGGCUCGUGACGGGUGGGCCACUGAGAAGUGAGAACGCACCCACUGUCACUGACUCGCGGCGGCCUUUACUUUGCCCGCAAAAGUCCUCCCUCCUCCAACACCCACUACAACAUGCGAUGUCACGUCUACCGAAUCCAAUUAAUGUUGGCGCGAUGCCGCAUUAAUAAAUCUAACUCACCACCAAUCCAUCCAUAGUCAACGCAAUAGCUGCUCUCUAUCCACUUUUGCCAUUUAGCAUCGAAUCAUGAUCACGGUAAGCAAUUGGGUAUUCGGGUUGGAUAAAGAGAUCUAGUCGUUCAGGGAAAAGUAAUGUCGUUCCGAUUAGGGAUAAAAUCCCAUCACGAGAAAAAAGUGGCUUUGACUCCAAUGAAACGGGUGGUCGUCUUCCUCCUCCGUCGGGGUAGAUUCGAAGGUGCUAUAAAGAAUCCUCCUGCCUGCCUUCGUUAAUCUCUUCACUUGGAUGCUGGCUUGGAAGGCGAAUCACGGACGUUGGUCUGAUGGGAUACGCCAAGAUGGACGAUCAGAUGGCAAUCCAAGAGGCGGCCACUGCGGGGCUGCGCUCCGUGGAGAACCUCAUCCGGCAACUCUCCGGUCAGCAGCAGCAGCAGCAGGUCGACUGCCGGGGAAUCACAGAUGCGGCCGUUUCCAAGUUCAAGAAAGUCAUCUCCAUCCUCAACCGCACCGGCCACGCCCGCUUCCGCCGCGGCCCUUCGUCGGCCGGGAAGCCUUCGAUCCUAGAGGCGGCUGGGAAGACGCUGUCCCUGGCCCCCAUGCCGCUCCGGGCCGUCAAGGCACCUCAGCACGCGCUUCCUCCCCGGGGAUUGACUCUCGACUUCACCGAGCCGGAGGCCGGCGGGGAAGCCUCGCCGCUCGGUCAGUACGGGGAGAAGGAGCGGUUUAGCAUCUCGACGCCGAUGUCUUCCGCGACGUCCUCCUUCGUGUCGUCCGUAACAGGCGACGGCAGCGUCUCCAAAGGCCGCGGCCAGCGCGACAGCGCUUCCCUCCUCUUCCCUCUUCCAACCGCCUCUGUUUCUACCAGGAAGCCGCCGCUCUCGUCUUCGCUCAAGCGGAUUUGCCUUGAGCACGGUAACGAACACUCUCACUCCGGGCAAGUCGACGGAAAGUACGCCGUCUCCGGCGACCCCUGCCACUGCUCCAAACGAAGGAAAUUGCGAGUGAAGAGGACAAUACGUGUGCCGGCGAUAAGCUCGAAGGCGGCGGACAUCCCGCCGGACGAAUUCUCGUGGCGCAAGUACGGGCAGAAGCCGAUCAAGGGGUCACCUUACCCACGGGGCUACUACAAGUGCAGCUCGCUGCGCGGCUGCCCGGCGAGGAAGCACGUGGAGCGGGCACUCGACGAUUCCUCAAUACUAAUCGUCACCUACGACGGCGAGCACAGCCACACUCCGACGGACGGAACCGCCGUCGCCGGCUGAUGCCGGACCUACAUCCUCUGCGCCUCUUUUUAUUAUUAUUAUUAUUAUUUUGAAGUUUUUUCCUUAGAAUCUGCCAUGACUCAGUGUCUUGAUGCAUCAAGAAUGUUCACCGAAUAAAAAACUAGGAAAAUUCAAGGAAAUGUUACUCUCUGGUUGGGAGAGGGUGAGAUGGAUAGGAGAUACAUUGAGAUCGCGG